AGUUUGGGAAGCUCGGGAACAUACGCGAGAGAAAGUCGGGGACAAGGAAGCAUCGCGCGAUGAACUGUCACUGUCUAGCGGGCAUAUUUUGACAAUUGGAACGCCGAGGCCACUGGAAGCAUUCCGAUGGUGUGAUUGUCCAAUUCAGUAAAGGUAUUUCACAUACCUUCCACUGACAUUAUAUCGACGACAACCAUAUUGUAGCUGAUAUUUGGAUACAUUGCGGAUCAACAAGUGGAAUCUGGCGUGGAAAGCAGGCAACUGCUCCGUUCGAAUCUGUGCAAUUCUAAUUAUGGAGGAGCAUAAGGAUCAAAACAGUCGCGAUUCGACCGAGGGGGAGAGCGUUUCCCUUUCGCCGAAUCUACCCUCCCCGCCGAUCAUGCCUCACCAAGCUGCGCAGCAAGUACACAGAACCACAAACUUUUUUAUUGACAAUAUUCUGCGUCCGGACUUUGGGUGCAAGAAGGACCUUGGCAACCGUGAACGAGCGCAGACUUCGGGAAGAGAGAAUGUAAACCCUCUGGUCAUAAGGCCAUCGCACGCCAGCAGCGUCUGUCAGGAUUCGAACUGCAGCAGCGACAGCACUUCUUCCUCCUCGUCCUCGUCUUCCUCUUCAUCGCCGACUUCCAAGCAGACGUCUUCAUCAAAGGCAGUCGAGGGCAAUGGAACUAGUACGCAGAGAUUGGGAGAAAAUCCCUCGUCAGUUAAUGCUACGAACGCGAGUAAUGGAGGCACUGUGACCCCCAAAGAAAGCCAGCCAUUGCUGUGGCCUGCAUGGGUGUAUUGUACAAGAUAUUCGGACAGACCGUCAUCUGGCCCAAGGACACGAAAAUUGAAAAAGAAGAAAAACGAGAAGGAAGACAAGCGACCCAGAACCGCAUUUACGGCUGAACAGCUGCAGAGACUUAAAGCAGAGUUUCAGGCUAAUCGCUAUAUAACCGAACAACGGAGACAGUCAUUGGCCCAAGAACUGAAUCUCAAUGAGUCGCAAAUCAAAAUCUGGUUCCAAAACAAGAGAGCGAAAAUAAAAAAAGCCACCGGGUACAAGAACGGCCUAGCUCUACAACUGAUGGCACAAGGACUGUACAACCAUUCCACGACAACAAUCCAAGACGAGAAAGAGGAUAGCGAAUAAAAAGGCUUGUUUUGUGUACGCUAAACCCACAAAAUUGGAUUUUUUUUAUUGAAGAUUUGAGGAAACAUGCAAAUGGAGACGGACAUGUGCUAUUUAAAGGAAAAGAAAAAAAAAGAUUUGUCUAUCGUACAAUAUAUGGACAAAAGUAUAUAAAACAUGAACACUACUAAGAUUUAUAUAUAACCAACCAUUAUGAUGUUGUAUAUAUUUAAUUUCAGGUAAGGGCACCGAUCCCUUCUUGCUGGAGAUUUUUAUCUUUUUGUUUGUUUGCCCAUCCCGAUGUUGUUGCUCCUUGUUUAAGUAAAUGUCUUUCUCUCUAGACUUUUAUUUGUGCCUAUCUGUCCAACCCAAGCCCCCUGCCUAAUCUCACAGUUACAUAGAUUGCGUAAACUGAAACGCUUAAAGCCAAAGAUUUUAAUAUGUUCAGAGAAAAUGUAGUCUGAAAUAAAAUGUAGAAUGUGCCAUGAAUCCAUUUUCUCCAAUAUGAUUGCUCUUAGCUCUCUGGGACAUUUUGAUGCCAUUCCUUGUUUAUCUUCUGUCGCACUGAGCAACACUCACCAAAUUUCAGGACGUUUUAGGCCUAAUGCUCUGUUGCGCAGAAUAAGAACACAAUAACAGUGUUUUAAAAUAAAAUUAAAAUAAAGUCAAGUUGUAUACUGUGA